AUGAAUCGAAUUCACUCUGAAGAAGCACUAAAAUUUAACUUUGCUGAUUGCAUUAUUAUGAAAGACUUCAUUUCUUGGAUAGAUGAAUGGAAAAACAAUCUUCAAAACAGCCCGAAAAUUUCUUGACUCUCUCAACAAGCGAGGGACUCCGUGUGACUUUGAGAUCUAUGAUUGAUUUGCAAAAGAUUUUAAAAGACGAGUAUAAAUUUCAAUACGUACUGACAGGCAAAAUCAGUCAGGAUCCUUUAGAGGUUAUGGGCCCAGGGGCGAUGUAAAAAGAAACGUGGUGUCAAAUAUUUGUGAACUUUGGUUUUUGAGGUUAGCGGUGUUUUAUAAAAACGUGGUCGAAAGAUGAACGCGGCCGGUAUAAAAUUCGAAAUAUUAACCAAGGAUAAUUACGAGACCUGGCGACUCCAAAUGCGAGCUAUUUUAAUUAAAAAUAGUACGUGGGCUUACGCAGAUGGGACUAAAGUGAAACCUGUGGUUAGGGAAGGAGACGAAGCAUCGCAGCAAGCAGCGGAAAGAUGGGUGGAGGCAGAUUUGAAGGCUCAAUCUGAUAUUAUUUUGGCGAUGAGUCCUUCCGAGUUGCUGCAAAUAAAGAAUUGUACCACCACAAGAGAGAUUUGGACUAAGCUGCAGGGUAUUUACCAGUCCAAGGGUCCUGUAAGAAUGGCGGCGUUAUUGAACCAGUUGAUGUCCUUAAAAAUGAGUAAGGACAACGAUGUUCGGGAAUAUUCAAGAUCAUUUUUCGAUACCGCGGAUAGACUGGCGGAACUGGAAGUUGAUAUUAAUAAAGAAUUGCUCGCGGUAAUGCUUCUUCGUAGUUUGCCUGAAAGUUAUGAAAACUUUCGUUGUGCCAUUUCCUCGCGUGAUGCUUUGCCAUCUCUAGAGGCUUUAAGAAUCAAAAUUGAAGAGGAAUUCGACACUCGAUGA